AUGUUGAGAACCAAUCUGGACGAACACAGGCUACUACAUGUUCUGAGAGAGAAUGCGAAUGGGGGCGGACCGCAAGACACAAGAAUGAUGAAUGAGCUGCGUCGCCUGAAACAUGCAGGGAAGCCGCUGAGAUGGGUGAUGAUUCCUGAACUGAUUCCAGGGACUGCAAGUACAAGACAAUGGAUCAAAGAUGCAAGAAAUCUAUUGUGGGAUGAAGAUGACGAGAAGGCACAUUUGCGACAGCAGAGGCUUCUUCAGCCAGGUGCGCUAGAUCUGCCCCACGACGAAUACCAACUCAGGAAGUACUGGCCGCUUUUCAUGUGCGCCCUACGACCUAUGUCCCCGAAGCUUUCUGAAGCAGCAAAUGCCGUGUAUCAGGCACUAUGCAGGAAAGACUGUGUCCCUGAUGAUGACGAUCUGUUCAUCAGAACAAUGGAGACAGAUACAAGGCAUGGCCAAUUCAUUGUGGCUGCUCUAGCCCUGGAGUCAAAGAUCCUGUAUCCAAUAAUUUCAGAGUUGGAAGCAAAGAUAGGAAAGUCCGGGAAGAAGCUGAAACCGGAGACUGCAACAAGCCAGAGUCAGAACAAUACACAGUAUCAACUAUCCAUCCAGCCGCUGGUGGACACGAUGCCCAUGGAUUUUGACCCGGGCACGAAUGAAAUAGACGAAGAGACCUUGCUUAAACUGUUGAAAAGCUUCGCUGAUGAGCUUUUGGCCGAAAAGUUGAGACAAGAUGGCACUAUCAACAGCAAGCGACCGGCUCCAGCCACGGUGGAUGAUCAAUGGCAUACUCAUACUUCUAAACGGCUUCGCGAAACCGUGGAAGACACUAACCCCAAAGCUUUUAUCCCAAUUGAAAUCUCAUGUUUUGAUCAAGAUGCACCGACAAUCCUUUUCCCAACUUUGGAAAUUUUGACAAUGGUUUGUUAUCUGAUGUUUCCACCACAUAGAUCUCUACGAAUGCAUAAGGAUUUGAUUUGA